AUGGCGAUCUCUUUCCGUCCACCCAAGACCACUCAGAAGGUUGUACCUAUCAAACCGCCGAAAGGACAUUUCUUCUUCGCUGGUCGCGCAUUCCCAAGGGUGCCGUGGUGGAAGCGAGCCAACCUGCGCAGACUAUACAUAUACAUAGUCAUCCUGAUUCUGACGAACACUGCCAAUGGCUUCGAUGGAUCAAUGAUGAACGGUCUGCAGUCAUUAUCCUACUGGCAAGACUACUUUGGAGAACCACGUGGUGCCAUGCUCGGUUUCUUCAACUCAUCCAUGUCUCUGGGCUCGCUCAUCGGUCUCUUCUUCACUCCUUAUCUCAUUGAUUGGAAAGGCAGAAAGAUCGGUGUAGCAAUUGGAUGUGUCAUCAUGUUAUUCGCUGUCGCAAUACAAACUGGGGCGCAGAACAUCGGUAUGUUCAUUGCAGCUCGCUUGGUCCUGGGCUUCGGAGACACCAUCGUUCUUGGAUCAGCGCCGUUGUUGAUCGCGGAAAUCGCUCAUCCGCAAGACCGUGCGGUUUUGGUAACGCUCUCUGGCGCCAGCUAUCACUCCGGUGCGUUCAUCGCAUCCUGGGUCACAUAUGGUACACUCCAGAUGAAGAGCGACUGGUCUUGGCGACUUCCUUCCCUCUUACAAUCAAUUUGCUCCCUUAUAAUUCUUGGUUUCAUCUUCUUUAUGCCAGAAUCUCCACGUUGGCUAUGCAACAAAGACCGCCACGAAGAAGCACUCGCCGUGUUCUCCCGUUGGCACGGUGAAGGAGAUGAAAACGACGAGUUUGUCCAGCUUGAAUUUGCCGAAGUACGCGCCGCCAUCGCGCUUGACAAAGAACAAGACCGAACCAACUGGUCAGACUUCCUCAAAACCAAGGGCAACCGUAAGAGAAUCAUCAUCAUCACUGCGAUUGGCUUCUUCAGUCAAUGGAGUGGUAACGGACUGAUCUCUUACUACCUCAAAUAUGUUAUGGAUAACGUUGGCUUGACUGACCCUCAGACACAACUUGGUAUCAAUGGUGGUAUGAAAACGUUGGCGCUGUGCGAGAACUUCCUUUUCGCCUUCUUGGUUGACAAGCUCGGUCGCCGUCCAAUAUAUCUUAUUUCCACCAUCGGAACCUUUGUCAUGUUCAAUAUCUUCACCAUCAUUUCCGCCAGGUAUGACAUUGCGCCUCGGGCCCCUCUUGGUAAAGGAUUUAUCGUUAGUAUUUUCUUCUACGGCAUUUUCUACGAUAUCAAGUCAGGUAUCAUGGCCGGCUAUACCACCGAAAUCUUGCCUUAUGGUCUGCGUGCCAAGGGUUUCACGUGGCUCAACUUCUGCGUUACAGCUGCUCUUUUCUUCAAUCAGUUCGUGAAUGGUAUUGCGCUCGAGGCACUCGCAUGGAAGUACUACAUCUGCUAUUGUGUUUUCCUCGCUUUCGAGAUCGGCGUCAUCUACUUCUGCAUCGUGGAAACAAGGUACACGCCCAUGGAGGAGAUUGCGAGGUUCUUCGACGGCGAUGAUGCGGUUGAUGUCGGGGAGGCUGCCUUGAUGGACGUCAAGGAGAAGGGUGUCUCUGGUGGAGAGAAGGACGUCUCGGUGUCGCACAUUGAGGUCACAAAGUAG